AUGUCCUCUCCAUCCGUACAGGCCGAAGACGCCUACUUCUCGUCCAACCCGCCGCCGCGGCACCUCGGCGCGCACCUCGCGCAAGCCUCGUCCUUCAUCGCCGAGCACGCCGCCGCGGGCCGCCGCGUGGUGCUCAUCACCUCCGGUGGCACCACGGUUCCGCUGGAGCGGCAGACGGUGCGCUUCAUCGACAACUUCAGCGCCGGCACGCGCGGCGCCACCUCGGCCGAGUACUUCCUCGCCGCCGGGUACGCGGUGCUCUUCCUGCACCGCGAGUUCAGCCUGCAGCCGUACUCGCGGCACUACACGCACGCCAAGGACUGCUUCCUGGACUUUUUAGACGAGGAUGCGGGUGCUGGAGGUGAGGGAGACAGGAGAGUGGUGGUGCGGCACAAGGACCAGGCGCGCAUCCUGGACGUGCUGCGCGAGUACAAGAAGGCGAGGAGGAGCAACAUGCUGCUGAUGCUGCCGUUCGUGACGAUCGGCGACUAUUUGCACGAGCUGAGGGGGAUUGCGCGGCUGAUGCGGCCGCUGGGGUCGAACGGCCUGCUGUACCUGGCCGCAGCCGUGUCCGACUUUUUCGUGCCGCCGGAGCGCAUGGCCGAGCACAAGAUCCAGUCCACCGACGCCGCGCAGGCGCCGCCGCCGCCAACACCAUUGGCAGACCAGCCCGGCGGCGGCACGCCCUCCGACGACGAGCAGCCGGCGUUUGACAACUUUGACGCGCCGCGCGUGCCGCGCUCCAAGCGGCUCGUCGUGGACCUGGACCCGGUCCCCAAGUUCCUGGAGAACCUGGUGGACGGGUGGGCGCCCGAGGGCAUGAUCGUGAGCUACAAGCUGGAGACGGACCCGGCGCUGCUGGUGCGCAAGGCGCGGGCGAGCCUGGACCGCUACCAGCACCACCUGGUGAUUGGCAACCUGCUGGCGACGCGCAAGUGGGAGGUGGUGUUUGUGAACCCGGGCCGGCCGGGGGAGAGCUGGGUGCGGGUGGGGAGGAAGGGCGGCUGGGGUGAGGCGGAGGGCAGGCCGCUGAGGGCGGACGAGGUGCCGCCGGAGGAGCCGGAGGCGGAGAUUGAGGCGCUGAUCAUACCGGCAGUCGCGGAGCUGCAUGAUGAGCACAUUGCGUCCAAGAAGGCGUAG